AGAAGACCGACGGCUUCCCGCGUCGUGUCCAAAACAAAUACUGCGCAACAACAACAGUAACAUCGCUAGUAAAGGGGUUCGCAUCAAGCCCAUUUAUUUCUGGAUCGCCUCUAAUCGUUUCUAUAUCCCGCGAGAAGAAGGCUCAUCGAUACGAUGUCUGCGUCCGGCACAGAUGCCAAAUCGAAUGGAACUGCGAAAAGUCGAGACCAUAACCAGGGCAACCAGGAUAGGAAAUAUACCUUGGAGCAAAAGACCGCAGUCUUGAGAGUUCGAAGGUGUGCGCCCACGGCCUUCUACGAAAUUUUGGGGAUAGAAGACGUCAGAGCCACGGUGACUGAGAGUGAGAUUAAGAAGGCAUAUCGGAAACUCAGUCUGUUAACGCACCCCGACAAGAAUGGACACGAACAUGCGGACGAGGCUUUCAAAAUGGUGAGCAGGGCUUUUGGGGUGCUGGGCGAUAAGGAAAAGAGACAGAAGUAUGAUAGAUAUGGUGGGGAUCCGGAUAGCCGCUUCGGUGGUGGUGCGCCUCAGCCUGGCCCAUUCUCAGGAUUCUCACAGAGACAGUCAAGUGCGAGGGGACAGCAGCGUGGAGGUGGUGGGGGUAUGUGGGAAGAAGAGAUCACCCCCGAAGAGAUGUUCAAUAGGUUCUUUGGAGGCGGUUUAGGUGGUGCGUUUGGUGGUGGUAAGUCUAGUAUGUCAUCAAGUGAAAAAUCUCAAACUAAUGUCUUUUCAGGCGGCGGAAUAUUUGGGGAUGGGCCAGGAGGCCCUGGUUUUGUUUUCAACAUGAAUGGAGGUCCUGGAAUUAGAGUACAACAGUUUGGAGGAGCAAGACCCAGAAGAAGGCCAAGAGACCCGAAUGCGCCGCCCGAACCCCCGCCAACGCUUUCGAGUGUACUGACUGGAUUAUUACCGCUCCUUCUAAUAUUCGUCUUGCCGCUACUUUCCUCCCUGUUUUCUGGCUCAUCUCCGUCUGGGCCAGAAAUGCGUUUUGACCAAGCUGUUCCACCCCAUACUAUGCCUCGUCACUCAAAACAUUACAAGAAAGAAUAUUGGAUCAAUCCUGUUCAAGUGGAAGGUUACACAGCCAGAAAGCUCGUUGAACUUGAUUCGCGGGCUGAUAAUGUCUAUGUUAAUGAGUUGAAGAUACUCUGUCAGGACGAAAGAGAUAAGAGAGAUCAGUUAAUACAAGAUGCACAAGGCUGGUUUGGCAUAGAUAGGGCUAAGAUGCACGAGGCGAAAAGUAUGUCGCUACCCAAUUGCCAGACAUUAUUGGACUUGAGCCGGUAGCGGACGACCCUUGGAUUCUCAUAUCCUUCGUGUAUGAGUUGCUGGGAGACAUGAUUGAGAAGCAUGGCGUUUUUUGGGGUAGCAUUUUUGAUAAUCAUGCCAUGGAGUUUAGGGGCAUCCGAAUAUAAUGAAUACAGCGUUAUUCGUACUUUUUGAUACUAUGUAUACGUGUGAAUUUGCUCCUCUUCAAGUC